AUGACAAAUCAGGCAAAUAAAUCAACCAUCACUCACCCGGACGAUAUGUCCUUUACUUCGGUACAAGUCAUCCCUUGGAGUUGUGCUCUUGCGACUGAAGCUGUUGUCAUUUUCGUGGGAAACUUGCUCACAAUUGUACUUUUUGCACUUAACAAGAAGCUACGAUCUAAGAAAAGUUUAUAUCUUGUUUUGAAUAUGGCAUUUGCUGAUCUGUUUCUGGGAGGUGUAUGUCUCCCUAUGUAUGUUUAUUUCCUGGCUCAUGGUCAAGUUAAAUUUGAAGAAAAAACUCCAACGUUUUUUACGAUUGUUUUCUACGUUUUCGCACAAGCAUCAUUCAUUACUGCUGCUUUGAUAUCUUGUGAGAGAUUUUACGCCAUCUAUUGGCCGCUGAAGCACCGGCAGACACUUUCUACGCGAACAUACGGGCUCGUUAUUUUGACACUUUGGACAUUAAGUGUCUUGGCUUCUCUUUUUACAGAUUUUCUCGUGCAAUUCUUACGCCUGGUGGCUCUGAAUUCUUUACUGUGUUUAACCUUCGUGUCUGUACUUCUAAUCAUCAGCGGCCUCAAUUUUGGUGUUUGGAGAAAGAUUCAGCAACAACCUGUUCCUCAUCACCAAAACAGAGCCUUACAAAGACGACGCUUAACGAAGACUUUGUUAUUAGUAUCUCUCCUCGCCUUGGGUUCUUGGCUUCCAGUUUCUGUUUACAAUUUGAUAGCCUUUCUUGGAUAUAGGAUGUCUAACAACAUUUCCCUCAUAACGACCUUUACCUAUUUCUCCAACUCGUUUAUCAAUCCAAUAAUGUGCGCACUAAGAAUUCCUUAUUUCAAGGAGGUUCUCUGUUUAUGCUGUUUUACAAGACAUGAGGUGAUGACGGCAGCGAGGAAAAUAUAG